AGGCGAGGAAGAUGCUUGAUAGAAAUGGCGGUGACGGCAAUGCGAGCGGCAUGAAGUGCUGAUGCAUUACACGAAUCGAGACGUACGACUGCCAGGACAACAUUGGAGAAAAUGACAAUGGCGUCGAAGUAGGACACCUUCUGUAGCGGUCGUUACAAACCUUACAACACCUUCCCGGGAGAGUUUUCAUCUUGUCAGCGGAGGAGAGAAAAAUCUCACCGGGAGCAUGGCUUCUUACAGCAACCAGUACAUCUUCGGGGAAUUCAGCCCUGAUGAGAUCAAUCAGUUUUUUGUGACUCCACGAUGUUAUGUUGAGCUUCCUCCGUUCAAUGACAAAGUCCCAUGCGUUAGUCAGUCUUCUGGAAGUUACUGCACUCCUGCUGUACCUUAUAUUAUGGAGUCUAUGGGACUGCAGGUUUGCGCAGAAGACUAUCAGCGCAUUGAGUUUGGCGUUGACGAGGUGAUGGACUCUAAGCCUGUUGGGGUGAAUGAUCCCUUAUACAAGGUGUCGAGCACCCUCAACCCCCAGGCUCCAGAGUUCAUCCUGGGCUGCCAGACAGCCCAGAAAGCCCAACAGACAGUUCCACCAGCAGCUGAUGUCCCUGAUGGAGCUCACUUCAACUCGCUGGAUGGCCCCGACACAGAGGCCUCGGCCUUGGACAAUCACCAGGCCUGCCAGGACAUGGACGGACUCCCUGGCAGCCUUGGACAGCGGGAGAGGAAGAAAAAGAAAAAGCGACCGCCAGGAUAUUACAACUACCUGGACCCGGCAACUGGCAGCAGCAACAACAGCAGCAGUGCAGCAGAUGGGACGCCUGUGACAGCACUGGUGAACGGACAUGCACUCGGCACCCCACACCACAGUGCUGAGGAUGUGGACGGUAAGGCAUUGUCAGGGGCUGAACUUUCCACCCCUUGUCUUGUCUCCACGGCAACAGCCGCAGUGACAGCAACCAAGUUUGCCCCCACAUCCGCUGCCGAUCAGAGGACUUGUGAUAGCCCUGAUGACUCUUCUUUGGACUUAACAAGUGGAGCUGCCUCUUUAUCAGAUGGCAACAAUGCAACUUCCUCCUCUUCAUCCUCCUCUCAAAGCAGAGGGAUGACAGAGGGACCGAGGACUGCAGAUCAGCAGCCAGAUCAUUUGGCUCCACAGAGCCCUGAACUUUCAGAUACUCCACACAGCCCCCGCUCCAAAUCACCUCUUCCUCCUUCAGCUGCUGUGGCUACCCCCUCCGUUGCGGCAUCCAUUAUGACUACUGAAUUGGAGGGAAGGGAGUUAGCAGACAGUGGGGUAGCCAAUGGGCUAGCAGAGCCUGAUACUCCUGUCAGUGCAGAUGGACACAAAGAAGACUGUGAGAUUGGGGAGCAGGCUCAGCAGGGCUCCCCAGACUCUGCUGCCCAGCCAGUAGUGACAGAGCAGGCUCAAUCGCCUGUGAUUCCUGCUGCACCUACUGCCAACCUCCCCAAAUCCUGGGCUAGCCUCUUCCACAACUCCAAGCCUCUGCCUGGGGGCCCUCAGGCCUUUGUGGAGGUAAAGAAUGUUGUGGAAGUCGUGGCUCCCUCCCUUGCUACGCCAGAGCAGCCUGAGAAAGUUGUGGAGGUCAAAGAUGGCCCUGUCCACGUAUCAGAGGAUCCUAUGGCCCCUAAACUUGCAGAACUUAUUGAGAAUGUGAAGUUGAUACAUAAACCAGUGUCUUUGCAGCCGAGAGGACUGAUCAACAAGGGAAACUGGUGCUAUAUCAACGCUACCCUACAGGCCCUGAUUGCAUGCCCUCCCAUGUAUCACCUGAUGAAGUCCAUUCCUCUGCAUAAUGAAACACAGAGACCAUGUACUUCCACACCCAUGAUAGACAACUUUGUAAGGCUGGUAAAUGAGUUCAACAACAUGCCUGUGCCAUCUAAAGCCAAACAGCAAGCUGUUGGCGAGAAGGCCAUGAAAGACAUUCGACCUGGUGUACCUUUUGAACCCACUUACAUCUAUAGACUUCUCACUCUCAUCAAGUCAAGUCUCUCUGAGAAGGGUCGACAGGAAGAUGCGGAGGAGUACCUUGGCUUCACUCUAAAUGGAUUGCACGAGGAGAUGCUGGCAUUGAAAAAACUAAUCUCGCCUCAGGAAGAGAAAGCUCCCACGCCUAACGGACCAGAGUCCCAGCCAGGUGUGGAGGAAGAUGUUGCUGAUAAGGAGGAAGAGGGUAGUGAGGAUGAGUGGGAGCAAGUUGGCCCCCGAAACAAGACUUCCAUCACUCGCCAAGCUGACUUUGUCCGCACGCCAAUCACUGACAUAUUUGGCGGACACAUCAGAUCGGUGGUGUAUCAACAGAACUCUAAGGAGUCAGCCACGCUGCAGCCUUUCUUUACUCUGCAGCUGGACAUCCAGUCAGAGAAGAUCCGCACUGUCCAGGAGGCUCUAGAAACCUUGGUGGCACGGGAGUCUGUCCAGGGCUACACUUCUAAAACCAAGCAGGAGAUUGAGAUCAGUCGGAGGGUAACUCUGGAAGAGCUGCCCCCUGUGUUAGUGCUCCAUCUUAAGAGAUUUAUUUUUGAAAAGACUGGAGGCUGCCAGAAACUGACCAAGAACAUCGAUUACCCCGUUGACCUGGAAAUUAGCAAAGAUCUCUUAUCCUCUGGAGUGCGGAGCAAAGUUGUCAAAGGCCAAAGAACUUACAGGCUCUUUGCAGUUGUCUAUCACCAUGGGAAUAGCGCGACAGGCGGUCAUUACACCACGGAUGUCUUCCACAUUGGUCUUAAUGGCUGGCUGCGCAUCGACGACCAGACGGUGAAGGUCAUCAACCAGUACCAGGUGGUGAAGCAGACUGCAGAGCGCACCGCUUACCUGCUGUACUACCGCCGUGUCGACCUGCUGUAGACACACACACAUCACACACACAUCCUGUCAUAUACGCAAGCAUCCCCCAAUAUAAUCACAAACACACAAAACAUACAUGCUCAAAAUGCACUCGUUGACAAUACAUGUACACGUGAUACAAACACACACCAAACAAAUGAACAGGAACACUGCCCAACUUGUUCUCUUGCAAGAUUUUCCUCUUCUUCCCUCCUACCCCUGCUUUCCUGAGAACCAGCUUUUCCAACACCCUUUUCCUUGUCUCUUGGAAGAAGAGAAACAAGCUGCAUUCACGAAGAUUUCCCUGUGACUGCUCUCUUCUCUGUGCACCACUGCUGUGUUUUGUUUUGUUUUUUGUUUUUUGUUUUACUUUUAAAGCAGCAAAGAAGGACUGUUGAAUAGACGGUGAGUUUGGGUCACAGUUAUGGACCCAAGACUCACCUCUGGUUGAGCCCACAGCUCGGCUCAGAUAGUGAACAGUGGACUCUCACACAGGAAGAACUAUCCACCACAGGCUGCAAAUGGACUGCUGGGGUAACUUCUCUUGUUUGGAUUACCUUUUUUUUUUUCUCUUUUUUUUUUUUAAAAGAAAAAUGACAUAGAAAUAUCAGUGUUUGCCUUUUAGUAAGGAGAACUGUUGGCCUAAUGAAUUUGCAGCAGUCUAAAAGCAUAUUUGAAUUUGCCCUAGUGCAUUGAAAAGACCCAGCACCAGCAUUUACAAGUCUCUCUUCCCAAGACCAGAUUGUCUUUUCUGCCACCAACACCAACUCCUCUUCCUCCAUUUCCUCACUUUUAUGAUGCUUUUAAACCUUACUUGAGCCAUCAAAAACAGGAGAUGUGGUACAUUAAAUGAGAACUGAGCAGCUUUCUUGUUUGAGAGAACCUUGUUAUGGUAUCUGGGUUUAGAGUUAGAAAGACUAUCUUUAAAAAAAAAAAAAAAAAAAAAAAAGCGCUUUAGAAUUUAAGUGAUAACAAAUAAGCUUCUGUGCACAAAGUAUAAACUGAUUGAUUACGAUACGAUAUGACAGGCAAAUACGUAUUUUGCAAAUAUUUAGACUAAAAUGUAAAAAAAAAAAAGGAUAUGAAAAAUUAAUCUAGCUGACUGGAAACUUGUUUGGGUCCUAAUGGACUUCGCUAGUUUUUAGACUCAGUUCUUGCACUGGAGAGAUGGCAAACCAAUCAAGACAGAUUCCAUUGCAAAACCCGCCCUUGUUUACUUUGUACAUUUCCUUCUCUUUUCCAUUGUUUCAUUUUUAUUUUUGUCUUUACUUGUCUAAAGGUUCCACCUGUGUAUAGGUGGCUUAUCAGUGUAGUUUUGAGCCACACCUCCCAUCUAACCCCCCAAGUCAGCAGAAAGCGGGGGCUGCCUUAGGUUCAAUCUGUGAUGUUAUUCCACUCAGUGUACGUCUAACCCUGAUCAGGCAAAAGAAAUGUCUGAAGUGUUAGCGGAAUGUACCUGACACCUGUAUCACUCUUUUGCGGCUCAGCAUUGCCUCCCAGUUGAGGAAAACUGAGUGUUAUGGGGAAGUAGGACUACAUCUGUGCUUAAGCUCUGCAUAAUGACCCCAGAAAUGCGCACAAAAGGAGAAUGUUUGCUUUUGUCGAAGAUAUUGAUUUUUGGAUCAUUCAUUCAUUCAUUGUGAUGAUUUUUGUUUGUUUGAGCUACUAAAGGAUGUUAGGUUUUUUUGUUUUUUUUUUUUUUUCUUUUUGUCAUUGAUCAUUUAUUGGAUGUCCCCAUGCUCUCGCUCCCUUCUGAAAUAUGCUUGCAUUUGAAUUGGUGUUUUGAAAAGAAAUUACACAGGCUAAAGCACAACAAUGAAUAAAAUUGAACUAGUUCUUUGCUUGAUAUUUAUUUCUAUUUUGUCAUUUUCUCUUUUGUCAUGUUUUUCGACCCUUUUCAUUCCAAACUACAGUGUCAGAAUCGCAGUAUUAACAUGUAACAAAAAGUAAUCCGCUCAAGUAUUUCUACAUGAUUGUAGAAGUACACUUGGACUUCUAUCUCCCUAAGUCUUCUUUUUUCUGUGAGACUGUCCCAUCAAUUAAAACAAUGUACACAAGUGAGAGCAGGUCCCUGUCUGAAGGUGGUUGUCCCACAUUUUCAUGCUUCAGAUCAAAGAGAUGGUGCAGAGUGAAAAUGUCUAUUUUAAUAGAAGGGCACAUAUUUAACUUAAUUUAACAAGUCCCUUAUUUGAUUGUAAAUUCACUGACACUGAUUUGUUUCAGUCCCUUCAAUUUGAAAUUUAUGUUAGAUAUUUUCCAAAAUGACUCAUUACUUUUAAAUUAUUUUUUACCCGUAUGUGAAUAUAACAUCUUUAUGUGGUGUGUAGUCUCAAUUGACUUUUCUUGUGGGGUUUCUAAGUCAGAAACCUUUCCCAGGUAAACCAAAGGACAGCGUUAUAUUGGCCCUACUGCCUCUCCUGCAAUUUAUUUUCAAACUUUCUUUUUCCUUCUCCGUUGGAGGUCUUGUUGCCAUUUCUUGUCACAGUCCACGACUCAUUCCACACAGAAAAAGGAGGCAUGCUAUUUAGACUGUCAUUACAUCUUCUAACUUUUAACAAUAGUUCAGUUGUGCUGCUGGCUUUGUAAUCAUUACUGGCCAAAUUGUGACACUGUUGUUUUUUGUUCUUUUGUUGUUGUUGUUUUUUUUUUUCACCCCCUCCCCACCUUUUUUGAAGAAUGUUUGGAUGUUGGGACAUUGAAACGGACACCUUGAGCUUUCUGUUGUACAGUUUUAUCUCAGUCUCUCAUGGCUGGUCAGGAAAUGUGCUGGUGAAAUGCUUCAAUAAUAUCUCUUUUCAGUAUGUGCUCCUAACACUAUUGUCUCUUGGGAAUUGUUGGGAUAUUGAUCUAAAAACAAAAUCUAUACUGUCUUUUAAUUUUAAGCCUCCAGCAUUCUAUUUUGUUUAUUGUUCAAAUAAAGGAUUGUGCAAAAA